AUGUUUAAUCCAACGUAGUAUGACUUAACUUUAAAGGACUUCGAUUAUGGGGUAAGACUAGAGUAUGUAUUCUAUGAACGUGAGCCUUAAAUUUAAGUUGAGCUCGACUAAUAUGUUUAUUUAUAAAUUAGCCAAAAUAUAUACACAUGGGUUAAAGAUCAUUUGGGUAAUUCAGUCUUUCAUAAGGAAAAGAUUAAAACUGCAUUAGGGCAUUGCAAUUAUGGAAGAUUAGGUUUAAAAGAGGGCUAAGUAGAUUACUUAGGAAUAAAAGAUGGAUACUAAUGUCCUAAAACUAUCAAUUAUUAAAUUAAGGGAAGUUUUUCUGGUGAGCAGUCGAAAUUUAUCUAACUAUCAGUCAGGGACUGUAAUUAAACUUACUUAGAUGAAGUCUAUAACCACACCAAGAAAUGCAAAUCAAAAUAAGAGAUAGAGAGAGUGUCCUCUUUUCUAAAAAUAUACUUUGUAGUUAGAAAUUCUUACUUUGAUGAGAAUGACUAUGGCGAUGAAUCAGUAAAAAAAUUCUUGAAACCUUAUUACCUAACUUCUAAAAAUGGAACAAGCAAGUAUUACUAUAUGCUUCUGAGUCAAAAUGAGAUCAUCAAGCAAGAUAACUUGCUCCUUGAACAAGAGGUUAAUGAUAAAUUCAUCGAAACUAAAAUAGAUUACAGCAUUGAUCAAGAACUAGAAUCUAUUGAUGCUUAUAAUAAUGCAUACAUAGGAGUCUAUAUUUAGAUGGAUGAUUAAGUAAAGACAGUUAAUAGAAAACUUAUGACUAUUUUAGAUGCUUUAGGAAAUACUGGAGGAUUUAUGAGUAUAAUAAUUGUAAUAGCUUAUGGAAUGAUUUCUCAGGUGUAGAAAACUUUGUAUUAUACCUCUCUUGUUAAAAGUUUAUUUGUUUUUCAAGAAAACUUUGAUGAAAAAAAGCAAAAGCCAUACUCUUAAACAGACCAAAACAAUGCUUAAUCAAGAUUCUUUACAAGAUAAAAUGCAGAGGAGGAGAAUAUAUCUUUUGAAGAUAAUACAGUAAAAAAUGACAUAAAUACUAGCUCUACCCAAGAAUUAAGUCUCUUCCAAAAGCUUUAUUUAUAGCUGACCAGCAGGGAAAAAUUUAGAUACUCUUUAAGUGAUGCAAUAAAAUCAAGCAUAAUACGCCUAAGAAUUUGCAAAAAAGCAAGUAAAGAAUAAGUUCAGAAAGAUAUCUUAUACAGACGAGGAGUAGAAAAAAUAGACUAAGAGCUUGAUUUAAGAUACAUAAUGAAGUAGCUAAGAUCAUUAAAAUUCAUAAGCAAGGUCUUACUUAAUAAGCAGUAAAGAUUCAUGCUACCUUAUUUUAAAGCUAACUUGCUGAAUUUCUAAACUACUCCAGAGUAGAAUGAUAAAGAGAAAAUUGGAUCGUACUUGAAAUAAACAAUUAAAAAUAAAGAUCAUACCAAGAUUGACAGAAGGAUACUAAAGUAUAUAGAUCUUUCAGGUCAUGAUUAACCAUUCAAAGUCAAGACGAUAGACAGCAAACUAACUGAAAAAAGAUUUGCUAAUGUUGAAGAGGGUCUUUUUUGGAAUUAGAAUAGUUAAGCAAAUAUAUAGAAUCCUUUGAAUAUAAGCUAAUAGUAAUUGCUUCAAAAUCAAUCAGAAGAUUAUUAGUUCCAAGCUCAAAAUAUCAAGAGGAAAUUGAAUUCUGGUAAGUUUGAUGAAACAGGAAUCGAUAACUCUUCGAUUAAAGAAAUAAAUGAGAUAGAUAAAAUGAUUUUGGAUAUUGAAAGAGAUACUCCUAAUUACUAAUAAAACAAAUAAGAUAUUGGCUUUCUUUGA